CGCAUCUUCGAAUGUGCUGAGGUGUUUCAUUUCCUCUACUCUAGACACUUCAGACCAAAAAAACAAAAAAAAAAGAAAAAACAUUAAAUAUUUUUUGCUACAACGUACGGCCAGCAAGAAAGGAAGGAAGCAAACUCGACCAACCAACCAACACACACACACACGUAUACAAAAACUUUAAAGGCUCUGUGUAUUUGAUGUGUUUCAUUUUUUCGCUGGACUUUGAAAUUGGCAAAAUUUCCAUUGGAAAUAAUUUCGGAACUUUUAACUGAAAAUUAGAAACGGCCGUGUUUAGACAUCAAACGAACGAACGAAUAAAACAAAUUACUUUAUUUUUGUUAUACAAUAAUUUAGAGAAACCCCAAAAAAAGAAAGCAGAAAAUUUUACUUAGCAAUGUUAUAUACAGACAUUACUAUCUAGAAAUAUUAAGUGUAAAAAAAUUGUGAAAAAAUAAUAAUAAUUAUGAAAUAUGUUAGUUAAUUCAUUUUGAAAUUUAUUGGUGUGAUAUUUUUAUUAGUGAAAAGCAAAAAAAAAAAAAGAUAAGAGAAAAAUAAAUUUUUGGCAAUUUUAAGUUUUUGGUCGUCUUGCAUAAGUGUGUUGUUCUGGCUUUCGUCAAAGAAAGAAGACAACAACAACAACAGAAAACAGGACACUCACUACUCAGUGGAUACCACAAAUGCUGACACAUACCUACAAGCAGACAUACCAGCAUGGCAUACAACCAUACAAAACCAACCAUUUAUUAUGCACAUCCUUCGUAAUACGGGUAUUUUAGUGAAAUAUAAAGAAUGAAAUAAAAAAACAACAACAGCAACAACAAUAACUACAAUAAAUUCCAAGUGAACCUAUCAAAAAAGAAGAAGAAGCAGAAGAAAUGGAAACCAAGGAUAUUCAUAGAGAUUAGCUAUAUUAAAGAAAAUACUACUGCACACGCACACACAUACAUAUAUACAUAUGUACGUAUAUACACAUUGAGAACCCCCCCCCCACACACACACAUAAUCCAAACCCCCCAAGAAAAGCUUUAAGAAAUGUACAAAAAAGAACAAAAACAAAAACCCACAUAGGAAAAAAAUCCACAUCAUGCAUCUGUAGAAUGUCAAGACAACAACAACAACAAGAGCCUACCACCAGAAGAAUCCUAGACACCAUGGCUUCUUUGGCUUCCAUGGUUGGUGCUGUUGAUUUCUCUGCCAUUGCUGCUAAUGCCACAAUCAUGUAUCAUUGCGGAUAAGAAAAAGGCUUUUUUUAAAAAAAGAAAGGACGAACCCAUAACAAUUUUAAGCAUCCGAUUUUUACCUCACUCUCUCUGUGAAAUCAACUUCAAUAGGGCAAAUAAUAAUGAAGCAGAUCAGUUUCCCUUGGCUGGGGUAAUUCAUUGCAUCUACGAGUGGCAGUGCAUGUGGGCUUGUCACACUUCCAUAGCGAGAGUGUGUGUGUGAGAGUGUCGUCGUCAUACAUCCUCCUCUAACUGAUUAUCAACAUCAUUGCUGUCGUCAUUGUUGAAGCUGCAACGGCAGUAGCUCCUUGUAAAUACAAAGCAAUGCAAUUGGAGCAAAACAGCAAAGGACUAUCUUAACUCAAAAAAAAAAAAAAAAAAAAAAAUAGAAGCACACUUAGAACCCAGAGUUAUUAAUAACCAACAUCUUGGCUGGACCGCAAAGCCACAACCUAACGCAGGUAUCUUCUACUACUCCAACAACAACAACAGCCGCAGCCGCCGCACUGUUGGUAUUAUCAUCAACUCUAAUAACAUUAAAAUAAAAAUAAUAAAAAUAUUUUGUAAGCAACAAAGGCAAAAAUCAUUGGAGCGUAUUUUCUUCUUCUACAACGACGACCACGACGUUAGCAGACAACCUUAACAAACCCACACACAACGUCAACGCGAACCGAUAGACAUACUCUCCCUCCCACACACAAGCACACAAACACCCACCCGCCAGCCAGUCAAAGAGACACCCAAGUCAAAGGAAACUCAAACCAAAGGGAACACCAACCAGCAUCCUUCUUGGAUUACAUUUUCCAGCCCAACAGCCGCACCAACACUAAGAUGAGUGUGGCGAUGCGUAUGAAUAACGGUCUUCACCAUGCUGUUUCAAUGGGCACCAUCGAUACAAUAACCACAAAUACCAAGCCAACUUGUUCCAGUCAUUCUGAUCGAAAUUAUGAUUCUGAAGAUGAAAAUACGUAUCGCCGUCGUCUGAGACAUACCUCAUCCACAGAAUUGUAUCCCAGGCCAUCGCAGUAUUCCAAGGGAGACAUAAGAGAGCAGUACUGCCUCACUGAUCGCCAAGUUAAUACCAUCGAUCGCUCACGGCGUGAACGCUUUUUUGGUUGCCUAAGUCGUCGUAGUACUCCGCAAUCGUUUCUGGGCGGCUGUGUUGGUCGUCGCAUACCCUCAGACGAGAAUUUGGCACCCUACACACCGUUUUAUAAAUAUUCACGUUAUACGAAACAAUUUCCUAAUACUGCAACAACGUCGUCGUCUUCGAACACUGCUGACAACAUGGAUAUGGAAAGUUCCUAUUUUCGUAGACAACCAGCAUCGAUACUAAGUACUUCCAAAAUGGUGGAUGCAUCCACGGAUAAUCGCCAGCACAGCAGUUGGAUGGAUCAGCAACAACAACAGCAACACCACCAAUUUCAGCAGCACCACCUACAACAACAGCAGCAGCAGCAGCAGCAACAACAACAACAUCAGCUGCAACAGCAUCAGAUGGCCCAGCAUCCGGCAUAUGGGAAUUAUGAUAAUAUCAGUUAUAUCAACGAUAAAAGCUCAUAUCACUGCCCUUCCCAUAUGGGAGUUGGUGCUGGUCUGCAGCAUCCUGGAGCCCUCAAUACCCCCAGAACAAAACACGUUAGCUUUGCCCGUUCCCAUACCCUCACCUCAUUCGAUGACUUCAAUGUGGGCUUCCGGUCGUCGGGACGCAUGAAAUCGGCCCAGUCACAAGAACGCCUAAUUGGUGGCAAAAAACCCUUGGGACCCAGUGGAUCCUAUUAUGACACAAUGCCUGUUUGUGCCGCCCCGCCACCGCCUAUUACUGCCAUAAUGGGUUCGAACUCCACCAUACAUAUGCUGCCAACGGCAACAGUUCCUGUCCACCAAUUAGGUCACACACAUCAACACUACCAGCCAGGUCAUAUGCAAGUGGCGGCGGCACCAACGCAGCCACCGCCCACAACAUAUUUGCCCGCCUAUGUCACCGAACAACAUGUCCAGACCCAGCAACCGACAGCGGUGCUAACAAAUCGCCCAAUCCUAGAAGACUUGUCCAGUAUGAAAAUGGCCUCAACGUGUCCACUGCAAAAUCUGCCACCACCCAGUCCAGAGGUGAUUGUGGUGGAGAAAAAGUUUCGCAAUGCCAUGAAGACGCAGGCCACUCAGACGGAUGUUAGGAAAAAUGAAUUCGAACAAAGUUUGGCCUUGAGUCCAAGGACCAUACAUCGAGUCCGGGUGGUUUCGCAGGGAGCCCAAACGAAUGGGCUGGCGAAUGGAAAACCCCUGGCCAAGAGUCUCUCACAAAUACCCUAUGACAGUAAACGACAUGAAGAGACCAGAGGCACCUCGCAGGCAGAACAUGAACUGCUGCAUCGCACCCAAUCGGAGGAGCCACCCAAGUCCCCGCUGGAAAGUAGUUUCCCAUACUACCAACCCCCACCUCCUCUCGAGUAUGAUACGAAUCAUGAGAAGUAUAUGUAUCAAAAGAAAGAUCUCAGCUCCAUGUCAAAGGAGGACUCCUUUUCGUACGAAAGCAAUAGUUUGCCUCGGCGAACCUGUGGCUAUCGCCUGGACACCGAUUUCCAUAGCCUGCCCAGACGAGACAUGCACAAUGUCCAGGAUGUGUGCAAACACAUCACAGAAUGUUCUGAGCUCAUGGCAGAUGGUUCCUCGGAUUUCACCUCAGAUCUACUACCACCACCCCAGGAAUAUUGUCUGGACGAUGAUGAUUCGCUGGAUAUUACUCAGACCUAUCCCAAGGAAUACAAGGACUCAAGUCGGCGUAAAUCCAUGUUGGUUAGCAUGGAACCACCCGAUGAUAGUCCCUUUCGCCGGGAUGAUAUACGGCGUCAGUCCAUGCCGGUCUAUGUGAAAACGGAAAAACUUGUGGACCUGGAUUAUGUGGGCAAGGGAUCGCGUCGCUUCAAUCGCAAAGCUUUCCGUGACGAUAUGUCCGAUGAAAAAGAAAUUAUCAUCGAUUUUAAACCCUACAUCAAAAACGAUCUGCAGUCCAAGACUUUGAAGAGGAAAUUCCUCAAGAAACACGAGCAGCAGGAGGCCAAACUUGCGCCCAAGGAACUUCCUGAACCCUAUGAUUCCAUAUCAGCUGAGAGUGAUCAUAGCGAUCAGGAUCCACGACAAGAUCCUGUUUAUGAAAAUUUACAGGCCUGCGGCUGUGUGGCCAUUGCCGCGAAUGUUCCGGAGGCUGAGUACAGCGAGCAGGAACAUGAAGAGAAGGAUGAAAAGGGUUCAGGAAUUUCUGCACCGCCCAGUCCGCUGCGCGAGGAGGCCAUUGGUCAUGCUUCUACCUAUCCGUCAUCGGAUUCAUUGGCUAAUGAUGUCACAAGAGAUCAUUCGGAUGGUCAUUGGAAUGAAUCGGAGGUGACCGUGCUUAUGGCAGAGCAAAGAUCCGAGGCCUCGUACAAUUUGAAUCUGCUGCUAACGCCAUCAACGAAGCGGAAACAUUUGUUGUUGCAGCAUCAGCAACGCAGUUCCGUGGACACGGAUGCCUUGGAUUUUGAGGAACAGUUUACGGAUCAAAGUCCCACCUAUAGUCAAACGGGUUCAGUGAGUAUGAAAUCGUCUAGGUCUCCGGCAACACCACAAAAUGAGAGGGACAUCAUUGCCAAACCCUAUGACAGGGGUAAUCAACCCAAACUGAUAUCCCCCUCCAUUGAAAUAACACCCAUUUUGGGGCAGACUGGCCCUCCACCUGCCAAGCCUCCGGGCAAGGCGUUGCUGGCAUCGCCCAGGAAAACUAUUGCCAUUUCACCGCCAAAGGAGCAAAGGAGGUUAUCCGACAUUUCCGUGGGCGUUUCUUCGCUGACCGACAACUUGAAGGGCUUUGACAACUCCGAAUGCAGUACCAAUACCAACACCGAGGACUAUGCCACCUGUACCGACACCUCCCGACGCACGCCAGCUUCCACUCAAUCUUCCCAAAUGGAUAAGACCCAUGGUGAAUCUUCAUUUGAGAGUGCUUCUUCUCUGUACUCAUCCAAAGGAGAAAUGAUCUCAGAAGAUAUUAUCCAACCCGAAGAGGAGUAUCGGCGAGAAUCUAAAACCCAUUUAGAUUUGACAUUGAAUUUACCCUCUCCCAUCCAGGCGGGAGAGAUUGCCAAGAAAUCACCUUCACAUUCAGUGAGCAGUACCUCAUCGGGUAGCUAUAAUGUGGGUGUUGUUGGCGAUGGCGAUGAAGGAGGUAAAACACCGGAAGGGGAAAAGCCGGUUGUGCCCAUGAAAAAGGAAAGCACUUCACCACUGGGCCAAAGGGUGGCGGAGUUGGCACGCAAGAAAAUCGAAUCCAUAUCAGAUGAUGAACGCAGCGAUGUACGUUACUCCUCCUCCGGAUACUAUGAAAGUCCCCAGGAUGAUGAGUAUCAGAAGUUGAAGUCAAGACGUCAUCGCCAGGAGGAGGAGCGUAAGCGGCGAAAGACCUCAAUGAAAAUCGAUAUUGAAAAGGAGAAUAUGAGAGCACUUACGAGUCCCAUAAAGAGGGAUGUUCACAAGAAAUCUCCCGAAAGGAUAAAGGCCUCGUCCGCCUUGGCCGAGUCUACGAGUCCUGUUAAACUAAAACGUUUCCGUCCGAAGAUACGUCGUCAACUGCGACGGUCUUCACGUGAUGAAAGUGCCACACGAGCCACACGCAAGACCAGCAAUGCGGCGACUUUGUCACCCCAACAGAUAAUGGGCAGUGCUGAGAAGCUGCUAGAUGCAAGCAUUAUGUCUCCCAAGCCCCCGGCCACACCCAGCCAUAUGGUUACCAGUAUGGAACCAGAUCUACCCAUACCAGCCCCUCGCAUAGGCAAGGAAGCUGCAGUGGCACCACUGUCGUCGGCCACUGCAUUAACUUCCACAAAGGCUCCAACCUCGCUAUCACCUGCAUAUGUAAAAUCCGCCUCGGAAACAUGUCAAUUAAAAGCCAAAUCCAUUGAGUCCCUAAAUCGUUCGGUUUCGCCCGGUUCCGAUUCGGUAUUUUACAGUGAAGCUGAUGGCAAUCAUGCCGACCAGCACAGUGGCCAUUGCUCGCACUGUGGCAAGGAGGUUGACGAUCCCACUGUGGUCUGUGGCGAUUCGGUGGAAUCAUUACCCUACAUAGACAACGAACCGGAUAUUGUUAAGCCACCGUCCGAUUUUGCCGAUUCGCCAGUGACCAAUAAGACACCGCAGCGUUUGUACAAGAAAAUGGAUAAACGUUUCAGGUCCGAGGAGCGAUAUCACCUCGAGAGGGGUCGUCACUAUAAGACACGAAAGGAGAAUAUUCGAGCGAAGAGCGAAGAACGCAACCAGGAAUGCAAUAAAAAGACCACACCCAUUCUACGCCCAGCCGGUUCCAGUCCCUGCAUACUGCCAGAAAUUACCAGCGAAACCAAACAGCAGACCAUUUACAUUGGCCACUAUGAUUGUGCCCGCUAUGCUAGGCUGACCGAUUCGGAUAUAUGGGCCCAAUUGGAUCAUCAGAGUCUGGAACGCAGUCGCGGUCGCCGCUCCUCAACCGAUUCGGAGAAAAGCUUCUACACCAAAUACCAGGUGAUACUGCAUCGCCUUGUACAGAGACGUUGCACUUUGGAGAUGUAUCAUCGCCAAAAAAAUGAUACAUUUGUUUGGGGAGGGCGAAAAAUAACAAAACAACAAUAAAAUAUUAACAAAAUCUUGACCUACGUUCUUCUAGAAUUGAUAACAUCGAAUUCGGCACAAGACUCUCUGAGGCGGCGUCUGGAGGAAAUUUUAAAAUUAAUGCUGUUGGUAUGGGCUCGUGAAGGUCAUGUCUUGUCGAAAUUAACAAACGGCGAAUAUGGUGUCGAUAAAACCGUUGUGGUCAAAUCGGAUUCGGGAGAAUUUGGUUUCCGCAUUCACGGCUCCAAACCUGUUGUCGUGGCCGCCAUUGAACCUGACACCCCAGCAGAAAGUUCCGGCCUCGAGGUGGGCGACAUAAUCAUAUCAGUAAAUGGUGUUAAAGUUUUGGAUAAACAUCACACAGAAGUGGUGAAAAUUGCCCAUGAUGGUUGUGAAAAACUUGAACUGGAAGUGGCCCGCACUCUGGGCGUCCUAAUGAACGAACAACAGGAACCGCCCAUUCAGGUCAUCUACAGUGGUUAUCUGUGGCGUCAAAGUGGCCAGGCCAAGGGUUCGCCCAACGCCAAAAAAUGGGUCCAGCGUUGGUUUGUACUGCGUUCGGAUAACUGUUUAUACUACUACAAGACUGAAGAGGACACACAGCCAGUUGGAGCAAUGAUCAUGGCCAAGCACACAGUCGAGCCAUGCCCCGCCAAAGUCGGUAGACCCAAUGCAUUUAAAAUAGAUUCGGGUGAGGGUAUACCCAUGUAUGUGGCCGGGGAUAAUGAAGAGAUUACAAAUCGUUGGGUAAAUAUUUUGAAGAAGGCAGUGGCCCAGGAGAAUUCAUGGUUGGAUAAGAGUGCCCGCAAUUUGUACAAACAACCCAGCAAUAUACAACGUCCCGACUGUUUUGGCUAUUUGAUGAAAUUGGGCUCGAAAUGGUGCGGCUGGUCGAAACGUUACUGCGUCCUGAAAGAUGCCUGUUUGUAUUUCUUUCAGGACGGCAUAUCGAAAUCAGCUUUGGGUAUGGUCUGCCUUCAUGGCUACAAGGUCUCAUCAAUGUCAGCUGCUGCAUCGGGCAAAAAAUAUUCCUUUGAAAUUAUACCACCUGAACCGAAAUUGAGACAUUACUAUUUUUAUACCGAAUCUGAAAUGGAGAAAAAGAGAUGGAUAUCAGCUCUCGAGUAUUCCAUAGAUCGUUGGAUCAAAUCUGGGUAACUAAGGUUGAAAACCAUUAACAAUAAAUCAUCCAUGCACAGCACAAAGCGGAAACGACGUAGUUUUAGUUAUUUCAUGGAGUAAUAAGUCACAACGUGUGUG